AAACAAGAAUAGAACGAAACGCAGACGAUAACAAGAACAAGGGCACAAGACAAGGAUUACAUUACAAGGAAGGCAUUAGGCAAGGCAACGAGCUAUGAUGAGUGAUCACGAUCAACAAAAAAACAUAAACCAACUCAACUAAACCGCUAUCCGUCAACGUCAAGUCAACCCACCCAACGGCAACCCUGAGUGUUGACUGAAAACAGUGAAACUACAUCAUUGUUGUUGACACAAUAUUGCAGCCUUAAUUCCAUAAUGUUUGCUGCUAAAUCUCUAGCAGCAAAGAUGAAUGUACAGUUGUUUGGCAGAGGCCUGAUGCAAGUUUGCAGCAAGUGGCCCACAAAUAUACCAGUCAAGAAGGCUCCGAUUAAUAUUCUUCAGACAUUUGUCAGGAACAUGUUUAUUCAAACACAAGACACGCCAAACCCUAAUAGUUUGAAAUUUUUGCCCGGCAUUAAGGUUUUGGACCCUGGACAAACCAUAGACUUCCCUAACGGGACAGAGGCCUACUGCUCCCCUCUGGCUAAGCUUUUGUUCCGAAUUGAAGGAGUCAAGUCAGUCUUUUUUGGUCCUGACUUCAUAACAGUCACUAAGAUAGAUGAAGACGUAGAGUGGAAGCUUAUAAAACCAGAAAUCUUUGCAACAAUCAUGGAUUUUUUUGCCAGUGGUUUGCCAGUUUUGACAGAUGCAAAACCUUCAUCAGAUACUCAAAUAAAUGAAGAUGACGAUGAGACAGUUCAAAUGAUCAAGGAACUCUUGGACACUAGAAUCAGGCCGACUGUGCAAGAGGAUGGCGGAGAUAUUGUUUUUAUGGGAUUUGAAGAUGGCAUUGUAAAGUUGAAGAUGCAAGGCUCCUGUACAAGUUGUCCUAGCUCUGUGGUCACGUUGAAAAAUGGAGUUCAGAAUAUGCUGCAGUUUUACAUACCUGAAGUUUUGGGUGUAGAACAAGUGGAUGGUGAGCCUGAAGUUGAGAUGAAAAUCAUGACCAAGGCAGCUAGAGACCAGCACCUAAAAGACUCUGAAAGUAGUAAAACUUAGUCUACUUGUUUGUUAGAAGUUCCGAAGUUUACAUUUUCUGUGUUAAAUCCAUCGUUUUAUAGGUCUGUUAUGAAAAAUCUUGGUUAGUAAUAGUGAGUUUUUUUCAUGAUUUACACAAAGAGAAUAGAUGAAAACCCCCCUCACAGGAUACAAAAGUAUCUUGUGCCUAUUUUCACUGAUUUUUAAUAGAACAGAACUUUUUAUUUAUUUAUUUAAUAACUGUAGCCUGAGAUUUUCAAACCCUUUGUAGCAAUAUUUUUGGAAUACCACCAUUAUAGUUCAGUCGCUUAGAUAGCGACCUGCGUGCUAAUGCUAACCAAUGCUAGAGGAGGUCGCUAUCUAAGCGGCUGAACUAUAAUUUGAUUUCUAAUUAUAAUUUUCACAACGGAAUUUUCCCCCUUGUGUAGAACAAUAAUUGUUAUAAACAUGAUUUAGUAAAAGCAAAGGUUUUUGUUUGGAAAGGUUACUGCAGUUUAUUGUACAUAGUUAUAAUAUAUAUAUAUAUGUAUACUAUUUAUUAACAUAUUCAUAGUUAAUAAAUAUAUUAUUUAUUUUUAGGCACUACAUGUAAAAAUAUUCAAUGGGUGAAUAAAUUGUUUUCUGCCAACAUAAAUAAAUAAAUUUAUUGUUUAAAACCCGGUUACCAAUAAUGAAGUACCUCAGUUAGUAUGAAUAAACAAAAAGGGAUUCAAACUUGUAUAAAGACUUCUGAAUUAAAAGGAAAACUCUUGAACAAUUAUGGUUAUUAAAAGUAAAAAUGAACCAUAUUCUCAAUUAGUUAUUACGUGUGUUGAAAUUGGAUAUUUUUUGUCGGAAUUGAUGGGUAAAAGUUGUAAGAGUUUUUAUACCAAAUUAAAUUAGACCAGUUUUGUGCUUAAUAACAAAACCCUCUCGACCCAGGCAAACCUAAAGAACUUUUUCAACUUUGCCAUCUUUGUAAUAAUAUCAUAACUGUAUAUUAAUUAUGAAAACCACAAGCAUAGCUAUCCAAAUAAGUGUAGACACAAAUUCCAACUGCCCAUCCGCAGACUUAAUAACUUCUUUUGAAAACCUGCCACAAUGUAUUAAGGAAAAGAAAAUACUGCAAACUGCUACAAAUCAUUUGAAUCAAAUGACAUUUUUAUAAAUAGUACUAAUAUGAUGAUUUUCUUAUGUGUGCAGCGAGUUUUGUGUGUCAUAUUUAUUUUGUGUGUUACUUUGACUAUGGUGGCAAUAAGGCCCUAGCAGCACAAGGAGCCUAGGCCAAGGAAACCCCCAUGUUCAGAAAAAUAGAGUUUGAAAUAGAGUUCAAACUUAAGUUUUGACCUAUGAAAUGUUGUACUUGAUAUAUAUAGCAUUUGAUAGAUCUAAGGCCUAUGGUGUAUUUGUUGUUAUGCUCACUGAGAAAGAAAGACAAUAGAUAAUAAACUAAUGACAAAUGUC